AUGGUGAAGGAGCUCGGGGGAGAGAGCGAGUUCUUCGGAGUGGACAAGGAGGGAAAUCCUGUCAAGCUGACCCUCGCUGCCAAGGAGAAGCUCUACCUCGACGCCACCAGCGCCUUCCACAAUGACGGCAAGUCGAUCCUCUCAGAUGCCGAGUACGACAAGCUCAAGUCAGACUUGGCCUUCGAGGGAAGCUACGUGGGGCUGAUGAGCCGUGAGGAGGUCAAAUUCAUGGUCGCGGCGAACCGAUACCAGGAGGGGAAGCCCAUCAUGUCUGACGAAGAGUUCGACUCGCUGCGAAGGAAGCUGAAGCAGCAGAACAGCCGUGCUGUGAUCCACGAGGUCCCGACCUGCAAGGUAGAUGGACAGACGUGCAAGUCCGAUCUCAUCCCCGACACCACCAAGAACGCGGUGCUCUACUUCCCUGCCCUCAUUGUCGUCACCAUCGUGUGGUCGGAGCUCGCCUACUGGUUCACCACCCUGCAAGGAGGAUCGCCCAACCCCCUCACCUCUCUGGUCAUCAACUCUCCCUUCAUCGCGGGCUUCACCUGGGCCAUCACAAACUUCCUCCUCUUCCAGAAGCCAUUCGUGACCUCCGUCCAGUGCCCACGCUGCCAGACCUACCAGAACAUCUACUUCGGUGACAUCCUCUUUGUCAGCGGCAAGACGGAGGACGUGGUCGAAACUCAAUGCGUCAACAAGGCCUGCGCUUGCAAUCUCGUCGCCAACAAGCAGAAGAUGGUCUGCGAGUCAAGCUUGCAGUGAUUCUUCUCUGCUCAACUUUACAUGUCGUCCUCAUGAGACGGCCAAUAUCUUGUCAACAUAACUUCAACUACUGUGUCCAUACCCCAGUGAUUGCAAUACAUCAACAUUCAAGUG